UGGUCUUCACCAUUGCUCUACAGCUCAGAGCAGCAGCUGCUGACACCACCCUGAGAAGAAGAUGACCCUAAACAGAGCUCUGCUUUGGGGGGCCCUCGCCCUGACCACUGUGCUGAGUCGGUGUGGAGGUGACGACAUUGUGGCUGACCAUGUUGGGUCCUAUGGCAUAAAUGUCUACCACUCGUACGGUUCCUCGGGCCAGUACACCCAUGAAUUUGAUGGAGACGAGGAGUUCUACGUGGACCUGGACAAGAGGGAAACUGUCUGGCAGCUGCCUGGGUUAAGUGAAUUUGGAGGUUUUGACCCACAGGGUGGACUGCAAAACAUAGCUAUUGUAAAACACAACCUGGGCAUCCUGAUUAAACUCUCCAACUACACCGCUGCUAUCAAUGAGGUUCCUGAGGUGUCGGUGUUUCCCAAGUCUCCCGUGGAGCUGGGCCAGCCCAACACCCUCAUCUGUGCCGUGGACAACAUCUUCCCGCCCGUGAUCAACAUCUCCUGGCUGAGCAACGGGCAUCCCGUCACACAGGGUGUUUCCGAAACCAGCUUCCUGACCAAGAAGGAUUUUUCCUUCCUCAAGAUCAGUUACCUCACCUUCCUGCCUUCGGCUGACGACAUCUAUGACUGCCAGGUGGAGCACUGGGGGCUGGACCAGCCUCUCCUGACGCACUGGGAGCCCGAGAUUCCAGCCCCCAUGUCAGAGCUGACAGAGACAGUGGUCUGCGCCCUGGGGCUGGCCGUGGGCCUCGUGGGCAUUGUCACAGGCACCAUCUUCAUCAUCCAGGGCCUGCGCCCAGCUGGUGCCUCCAGACAGCAAGGGCCCUUGUGAGUCACACGCCAGAAGGAAGGUGCAUUGCCAAUCUUAAGAGCAGAAGAGUGGACAUGCUGGGUGACCUGGCACUAUUCGCUGGCCAAGUACAUCUUAGUCCUCUUUGCAUCCACUGCCCCUCCUGUCAUUUCUUUUCUGGGACUUAAGGUGCUGUGUCCUCUCAGA